UUAAUGCAUUACAAGUACAAUUUUGAGACGGAGAGCGCGAAACCGAAGAUGGCGGCCACCGAUCCACAGAGGCAACUCCUAACACUAAUUCGCGAGUUUGCUACCGAGAAAUCACAGGGAGCUAAGUGCCUCUGCACUUGUUCUUUUCCUCGUUUGGUUCCCUAGAAAAUGAAGCGAACAAAAUAUUAAUUUAUCUUAUCAAAACCUCGCCUUGGGAACUGUUUGAAAGCGAUAAAUAACCAGAGUGUCAAUUAUUGGUUUCUCACAUUGUCAGUAACUAAACAGAGGCCGUUUCCCGAGAAAAUGCUGGAAAAUAGUAGAAAGUUUAUUGAUCGAGAGCCAAAUAUUGAAUGUUUUAUUUUAUUAGGUUUAUUAUUAUUAUUUUUUGUUUUCAAAUUUGUGUCGGGUGUUGUAAAUUUUGUAGAGAGAAGAGUGAUUGGGCUAGAGAAGCGAAUACAAGAGCUUGGAUGUGAAGUAGAUGUGGCAAAUGGAGAGAUGGAAGAGGUGAAGUGUAUCAAAGAAACUACCGAGCAAGAACCUAAAGGUUACGAACUUCAAUUGGCUUUAAAUGAAGCUUCUAUUCAAACCCUUGAGGCAAGAAUCUCCAUUAUUCAAGAUGAGAUAUCCUCGGUUGGAUCCCAAGUAGAGGGUCUGAAGAAUGAAGAAGGAGCUUCACGAGAUGAGUUUAUUCGCCAGAUGUUUGAUCUUAAUGCUAAGAUAAGGAAAUUUCAAGAGGAAAAGUGUAUCAAAUCUCAGAAAAAGAGCAGCACUGGAACCACGGCAGAACCAGACAGAAAAGCUGUAAAGAAGGUAGUUACUGAAGUUGAGUUAAGAGCUCUUGAGGAUAUUCUUGCCCAUGUAGCUUCUCAGACAACUAAAGAGGAACAAGAAUACAUAGCAGAGGAGAAUAUACAGAAUCAGGUCCAGAAGGAGUAUAUUGACCUUCAGAGGAAGGUUUCUCUGAUGGAGGCAAUAGUGAAAGAAACAAAAGCAUUGCAGGACUUAACAAGGCAGGCUACUGAGUUGGAACAGGAUUAUGCUUCCCUUGGUGAGCAGUUGCAAAAGAGAUGCGUAUGUCCCCUUUGUCGUGCAGAUAAUGUUGAGGUCCUGGGUGGCGUUCUUCAGGCAAAUGAGGCAAAUUGAUAGUAAGUACUCUACUUGUUAUUGCUGCAUCCAAUGAAUAUGAAAUAUGUACUGAAAUUUGGAAACUGUGGUUAUUAGCAUGUGUUACUAUUUUGAAUUUUUUAUGGACACAAUCAUACUAGGAAGCUAUUGCUCUAUGUUCUAUUGAAGACGCCUGAUGGCCUACCAAGUGGAAAAGUGUUCUCGACUGUCUUUUGCUUUUAAAAUUUCAUGCUGGUCCUUUUCAGUGUGUAA